AUAAUGUUUCCCCAAAAAGAAAAUCUUAACAAACUGGGAUUUCCAAACAACCUCAAAGUAAAAUCCCCAAAAGUCUCGCGAUGCUUCCGAUUGGCUUCAGUCGGUUACCGUAGUAACGCCAAUGACGCCGAGGAGUUGCCUUUUUCUAUUGUAGGGUUACAGCGACGUUAGCAAACGUAUCUACACCUGUUUGAUUAACCACGAUUUGACUUGGAGACACAACAAUGUCUAAAACAGACCAGGCAGAGGCCUCUAAAGACGCAGGUGAGACGACGCGUCCUUCAACAGGACAUACUCCAAAUGAAGAAUUGCCUGCUGGGAUCUUUGACGGAUAUCAGUGCUCAGGCAAUGUGGAGACUGACUUCCGUGAGCUUUGUGGUCUUCUGGACAUGAAGAAUAUCCCAAACGUCACUUGCACCACUGAAGGUGACGAAGGGCUCACAGAGGCACCAAUCGGCUCUAAGCGAUGCUUGCAAGUGCAACUGGAGAACGAAAAUCCUCUUAGUGCCCAGAAGAUGAAGGUUUUUGGAUGGAAGGUAGAUGAGCCGACCUCCAGAGUGCUCCUGAAGAUGUUGCCCUCCUUAGUGAAGCUACAGAGCCUUCACUUUUGGCGGGCGGGACUGACCGAUCAAAUGGUAAUGUCACUCAUGAAUACAGCAUCACUGUGCUCCAACCUCAGAGAUGUGAAAUUGGAGGACAACCAUCUCCCAGAGCAGAGCUACCACCUCCUUCUCUCUGAAGACAGCCUUCUCACAAACCUAACCCUGCGGAAUAACCGUAUCGGAGACGAGGGAGCCCGUCUGAUUGGUUUGGCUCUCUCAACAACUAGAUCUGCCAACAAGAACCUAAUUUACCUAAAUCUGGCUUUCAAUUGUAUCGGUGAUGCCGGUGCUGCACAUAUCGCACAGGGCCUGCGGUUCAAUCGUGCUUUGCUCGCGCUCUCACUGUGCAACAAUCAUAUCGGAGACCAGGGGGCUCGUCACAUGGCUGCGAUUCUUAGCGAGUUUGCUCUCACUCAUGACGAAAUUGUGGAGAAGAGGAAGAUGCUUCUGGAAAGAAAACAGCGUUCGUCCGUAGGGAUUGAAUCUGACCAGCCUGCAGACCAACUUUCCUCAGUAGCCAGCAGCAGUUCACAGAGCGUCGGCAAAGGGGCAAACCAAGGAAAACAAAAGAAAGAGAAGAAAGCUCCUAAGGAAGAGAAGUCUAACAAGAAAUCUUCUGAUAUAAAAGUGACUCCAAGUAAAGGUGGAAAUUCAGAGAAAGCACUGAAUGCGCAAAAGCCGGUGGAGCCGGUGGAGCCGGUGGAGCCCCUGCUGGACGAGCCCGUGCACUACAGGGACGGAGAGCUUUUUAUGUCUGGAAACAAGGCGCUCACCUCCCUCAACUUGGCAGGAAACAGAAUAACACAGAGGUCGCUGCCUCUUUUCCUGGAGUCACUCAGGAUGCAGGGGGAGGGACGUCGCCUGCUGCGUCUCUGCCUGCAGAGAAACUGCUUCCCACCAGGAUGUGAGUGUUAUGUGAAGAUACAGAAACUGAUGGACCUCAGGGAUCCACUCAAAAGAGCUCCUAAAUGAGCACAAGGAAGAACAGCUGAGAGGACUAAUCUUGUAUAUGUUUUGUAUACAUACAUUAAGAGUACAUAACCUUAUUUUACCCCGUUGUGCUUUUGUAACACGUGAACAUUGAGGUAUUCACAGAAACAGUCUUGUGGUACAUUAAAGCAUCGACUGUACAGGAGGACAAUGAGGCCUAUUAAAUUCCAGAUACUUUUUCCCAGGACAGUUCUUUAGGACCCUGGUUACAGAUCCCUUUACUGCUUUGUUUUGCUCACAGUCAGAGUUUACAUCAAGGACAAAAACUGAGAACAAUCAGAUACCAAGUAGGUGAGCCUUUGCGGUCAUAUCUUACAGUUUUCAGCAGGGUGACGGGUACUUAUGGUUAUAUCUGGUUUUAGGACUUAAUUGUUGGGUAACUUCAGUAGAGUUUAGCUUCAUUCGCUAGUGAAAAAAAGACAUGAGUAAUUUCCUCUGUUUUUAGCAUUAUUAAGUCAUAAAAACAAAUAAAAGUGCUCUGGUACUGAAUACCACGGUUAUUGCUGAACUCAAUCUCCUGUCUAUGGUAAUGGUAUUGACUUGUUUCAUGCACAGUUUCCUCUGUAUUGAGGAACAAGUAGAAAGAAGAAAAUAUUAUUUUCACAAACGUCUGUCGUCCGCCAUGCCAUGUUUAUAAUAUGGAAGUAAGAAAAUAAGACAAAAGAUGUUUAAAAGCUUUUACACAACUUGGAGAAUGUCCAACACAGUAAGAACAGGGUAAAUGAAAAAUAAAAACAGCAGUAUUCUCUGAA